AUGGCCCUGAGCGAAGCGUUUGAUGACCCCCUGGCCCUCAGCAGCAAAGGGCACCAUCCUCCCGGUACCAAUGAAAACGCUCCAUCAAUCACCAGCAUACAAGACAGCACUGGCCAGGUGCCUAUCACAGCUGCCUCAAAUGGUGACAGUCUUAGAGCGGAGGGAGAUGAAGACUCUUCAAUCAGGAAUGCAGCAUCUGGACAGUUGCAAGCAACAGAGAGGCAGAGAUCACACACCCAGAGAACAAACAGACCAACCCAAAACGGUGGAAUUGUCAAACAGAACGGAACUCUUAAGAUUCUCCCCCACCCAACAGGCACCGAUGUCACAGACUCUCAAACGCAAGCCAAACGCCACGUCUCAAACACUCCAUCCCAUUGUCUUCAUCCCUCAGCGCUCUGCUGCCAGCAAUGUUACUUUCACUCUUUUUGCUGCCCCUCUGGUGAGCAGGAAUGCCCUCUUUUUCAGAUUCCAGGCAAGGGCAAUGGGCCUACCUUAGUUGCUCAACUCAGGAGCCCUGUAACGUGCUCUUGUUGUCCUCCUGCCUGCACUUUCUCACACCACCGGCCUAAUCUUACACACCCUACAGCCCCACUUUGCCUACGCCACCACAAUCACCAGCCCUGGCAGGAGCACCUCCAAAGUUCAACACAUCCAACUGGAAUUAGCCCUGCAUGGCCUUUUCGAUUCCCCAAAAGCUAUUCUGAGCUGAUAGCCGAUUGGCCAGUGGUGGUGCUUGGUGUGUGCACAGUGCUCAUUAUUGUGUGCGCUCUGGUGGGUGUCCUGGUUCCUGACCUCCCCGAUUUCUCUGACCCACUUUUGGGGUUUGAACCUCGAGGAACUGCCAUCGGUCAACGAUUGGUUACAUGGAACAACAUGGUGAAAAACACUGGCUACAAAGCAACACUGGCCAAUUAUCCCUUCAAAUACGCCGACGAGCAGGCUAAAAAUCACCAAGAACCCAAAUGGCCCGAAGAGAGCUUUGAUCGAGAAAAACGGCAUGCAGAGUGGGACUUCAGUAAGGAGUUUUUCUGCGAUGUGCCUGGCUCCAGCUAUUCCAGACUAGUUUUCUCAUCUGCUGAAGGCAAAAGUUUGUGGAGUAUUCAGGCCAUCAAAUCCAUGUGUAAUCUGGACAACACUCGGGUGCGCUCUCAUCAUGACUACUGGAGCCUCUGUCAGCGCACCAAUGAUGCUUCAUGUUGCCCAAGCUGGACACUUGGUAACUACAUAGCAGCCCUCACAAAUAGGUCAUCCUGCCAAAUGAUCACUGAGCGUGACGUAUCGCACACGCUCAAGAUAAUGCGCUCGUGCGCUAAGUACUACCACAAUGGCACUCUGGGACCCGAUUGCUGGGACAUGGUCCUGAGGCGCAAGGAUCAGCUAAAGUGUGGCAAUGUGCCUCGAAAGUGCACUAAAUACAAUGCCGUCUACCAAAUAAUGCACUUCCUGGUCGAUAAGGACUUCCUCAGUCCAAAAAGCUUGGAACAUCCUCCGCCAGUGCUCAUGUAUAGCAUGCUCUUCUCACCCACGGAGAAAGGAGAGUCUAUGAUGAACAUUUACUUAGACAAUUUUGAGAACUGGAACUCCUCUGACGGCAUAACCACAGUCACUGGGAUCGAGUUUGGAAUUAAACACGACCUCUUUCAGGACUACCUCCUUAUGGACACAGUGUACCCAGCUAUAGCCAUUGUUAUAGUCCUCCUAGUCAUGUGUGUGUACACACGGUCUGUUUUCAUCACGCUAAUGACAAUAAUAGCCAUAAUUAGUUCCCUCAUUGUAUCUUAUUUUCUAUACCGCAUGGUUUUCAACUUUGAGUUUUUUCCUUUCAUGAACCUAACAGCUCUUAUCAUCCUGGUGGGUAUUGGUGCAGAUGAUGCCUUUGUGCUCUGCGAUGUAUGGAAUUACACUAAAUUUGAUAAGCCUCAUGCUGAGCUUGCAGAAACUGUCAGUGUGACUUUGCAGCAUGCUGCCUUGUCAAUGUUUGUCACCAGCUUUACCACUGCUGCGGCUUUUUAUGCUAACUAUGUAAGUAACAUCACUGCUAUACGCUGCUUUGGCGUCUACGCCGGAACGGCAAUCUUGGUCAAUUACAUCCUCAUGGUCACGUGGCUCCCAGCUGUGGUGGUGUUACAUGAGCGGUACCUACCAAAUACAUUGCCCUGUUCUAAGCCCCACCACCAGCAAACUGGUUAUUGCAUCCAGAUGAUUGUUGCAGGUUUCUGCCAGAAGGUUAACAAAUUCCUGUUUAAUGUCUCAGAAGCCUCAAGAAUCUUCUUUGAGAAAGUUCUUCCUUGCAUUGUCAUCAAGCUACGCUAUCUGUGGCUUUUCUGGUUUCUUGCCCUUACAAUGGGUGGGGCAUAUGUUGUUUGCGUCAAUCCCAAGAUGAAGCUCCCAUCAUUGGAGCUGGCUGAGUUUCAGGUGUUCCGCUCCUCUCAUCCUUUUGAACGUUACGACGCAGAGUACAAGAAACUUUUCAUGUUUGAGAGGGUUCAUCAUGGAGAGGACCUCCACAUGCCUAUCACCAUUAUCUGGGGUGUCACACCUCUGGAUAACGGAGACCCCCUGAAUCCCAAAAACAAAGGAAAGUUGAUCCUGGACAGUAGCUUCAACAUCGCCAGUCCAGCCUCUCAGCUGUGGAUCCUCCAUUUCUGCCAGAAGCUUCGAAACCAGAGUUUUGUCUUUCAGUCGGAUGAGCAGGACUUCACCAGCUGCUUCAUUGAGACAUUCAAGCAGUGGAUGGAAAACCAAGACUGCGAGGAGGCAUCUGUCUAUCCCUGCUGCAGUCAGUCGACCUUUCCCUACAAGCAGGAAGUCUUUGAGCUGUGCAUCAAGAGGGCGAUCAUGGAGCUUGAUCGCAGUACAAAUUACCAUCUGGACAGCAAGACUCCCGGACCUAGAUUUGACAUCAAUGACACCAUCAAGGCCAUUGUUUUGGAGUUCAAAAGCACCUUCCUCUUCACACUGGCUUAUGAGAAGAUGCACCAGUUCUACUGUGAGGUGGACGCCUGGAUAACCGAGGAACUACGCCACGCCCCAGCAGGCCUCAGUCACGGCUGGUUUGUCAGCAACCUGGAAUUCUUCGAUCUACAGGACAGUCUGUCUGAUGGCACUCUGGUUGCCAUGGCACUGUCUGUGGCUGUAGCCUUCAGUGUCAUGCUUCUAACCACGUGGAACAUCAUCAUCAGUUUAUACGCCAUCCUGUCCAUUGCCGGAACCAUUUUCGUCACCGUGGGCUCCCUGGUGCUUCUCGGAUGGGAGCUGAACGUCCUGGAGUCUGUUACCAUUUCUGUCGCAGUGGGACUGUCUGUUGAUUUUGCCGUCCACUACGGCGUGGCCUACAGGCUCGCUCCAGAGCCCGACAGAGAGGGAAAGGUGAUUUUCUCCCUCAGCCGCAUGGGUUCCGCUAUAGCUAUGGCUGCCUUGACAACCUUUGUAGCAGGAGCAAUGAUGAUGCCCUCAACUGUGUUAGCGUACACCCAGCUGGGCACUUUCAUGAUGCUAAUCAUGUGCAUCAGCUGGGCCUUUGCCACGUUCUUUUUUCAGUGUAUGUGUCGCUGUUUGGGACCGCAGGGCAACUGUGGCCAGAUCCCACUGCCAAAAAAGCUGCAGUGUCAGGCUUUCUCUGACAACCCAUCUGAAAGCUCUUCGCCCGAAGUCAAGAUUUCAGGCCCUGGGAAAUACCAGCUGGACGGCAGGGGUGGAGAGGCUAAUCACUAUGAAUUAGAGCCUCUUGCAUCAAGUAAUAAAGCUGAAGACAAACCACAAGAGGAUCAGGAGGUUUGUCCUCAGCUUUACAAUGGCAUGCACCCUAACCAAUACAAUUCCCAGCAUUUACACACCCAGUAUGGUAGUCCAGUGGAGGAUGACAGAUCCAGCUCUGAAAAUGGGCUUGUAGCCACACUCAACACACAAUCCCAGUGCCAGUACUCCCAAAAUAUAGACCGCUCAUGUGGGGAACCACCACCACAGUGGAAAAUCCAUUCCUGUCUUCAGCCUCUCCAAGACUCACAUCCUCAUCAUCCACAUCCUCCCAUUACCGGAAACUGUCCAAGCAAACCUGUGGCCACAAACCUGGACCCAGUCUGCUCACACAUUGAUUGCUGCAAGCAUUGCUUCCCCUGUCCUACUUCACACUUGCACCGCUGCAGUCCAGGAAGGGCCGUAUACCCCAGACAAGCGCCUGCACCCUGCUGCUAUGUUAAGAACUAUUGUGUCCAUGCAGCAAACCCAGACGCUGCACAACAACAUCGAUCUAAAGGCUUGACCUUAAACCAAUGCACGGCCCAAAAACCUGUCUCUUUUAAACACUCAGAACCUAUUGCACAUUUGCCAAAACAUCGGACAGAAGUAGCAAGCCCAAUUAUCAGCACGGCACAGUGUCAGUGCCCCCUCUCAACACAGGAUUCAGAACAUCCAGAUGGACACCAAGGACUCGAUCCGAGAAACUGUGAUUGUGACCAUUCGUGCACCCUAACCACAGAAACACAGAAGGAUUUUUGGUGUCAAAUCCCCAGGCAACAAGACAGUGCUAAUGUUCAACAGAAUGAAAGUUCUAAAAAGUACAAAAAGAACUCCAAACGAGAGCGCGCAUCUUCUGCCUCUCCAAUGAAACUUUCCUGUUUUAACAGAGCAUUGAAAGUAAAGCGCAACUCUGCCUCAGAGUUUAAUGUGCCAAAAAGUGAAACAAGUGUGCCUCCCAUUAUAAUAAAUAGCAGUCAAUCCUCUGAAAGCUUAUGUUAG